GCGGACUGUUCAGAAUCAGUUCACAUUUCAUAUAAAAAUGAUUCUCGACUAAGUUAAUCUUCUUUAGAAUUGUUGGUGUGCAGACAAUACCACGAUUUUUGUGCAUCAGAUAUGAACUAUUCCAUGUUACAGGCUUUUGUAUAUCUUCAGUAGCAUCCUAUAACUGAGAAUGUAUUAUCAAACAGCAAUCAAGUGCCUCGUGGUCCUUGUGCUUUUACCCGGACUAUUGGCCUUUUUUUGGGAAAAGGAAUAUAAACGCAAAUCGGAUAAGCAAACUAACUCUAUUUUACAAGAUUUAUUGAAAGAGUCAAAGUCCAGGCAUCUAUAUCCAGACCAAACUCAACACAUUACGACAGCCAAGAGAGGUGACAGAUACAGCAUUAACGAUCUCAUCGCUUACCUUAAAGGCAUGGUAGGAAGUGACGAAAUAUAUCACACCGGAAAAUCGACAUACGUUCGCUGGGGAGCAGGGGGCUAGGAGCAGAGAAAGCCUAAUAUCAAUGGCAACAAUUUUAACACAUGUGAAUACAUAUCAGAAAUGUACUAUAUUUCCAUCAGUUGAGAUCCAUUGUCUCAAUUUAGUUUUAUAAAUGAACAUGACAGAGAAAUAUGCUUUAUGGUUAAUGAUGGAUUUAUUUGUACUGUUUUUGUUUCCGAAACGUUGAAAAACAUUUAAUAUACAUACAAUUGAUUCAUAAUAAAAAUCAACAUUAUUUGU